AUGUGGUACAAAUGUUUGCCUGUGGGUGCUGUGGGCAACCAAUUCACCUACUGUCCUUCGAUGGGCGCGUCGAUUCUCUUUGCCAUUCUCUUUGGUUUCACAACGAUUGCUCAUAUAUGGCAAGCAGCUCACUACAAGAAGCCCUUUACCUGGGUUCUGAUUAUGAGCUCCAUUUGGCAGACUCUCGCCUUUAUCAUCCGUUGCGUCUCUAUCAUGUUGCCAACUGAUGUGGCCAUCAACAAUGUUACAUACUGUCUUGUUCUUCUCGCCCCCUUGUGGACCAAUGCCUUUUGCUACAUGGUGGUAGCGAGACUGGUUCACAUGUAUAUGCCUAAUCACUCUAUUAUGGGCGUCAAGGGAUCUUGGCUGGCAUCCAUUUUCGUAUUGCUUGAUAUCACAGCUUUCAUCAUUCAACUCAUCGGUGCGCUGGAUGCGAUCAACAUCAAUUUUGAUGUCCAGAAGCGUGGUUUACACAUCUAUACAGGUGGUAUUAGUGCACAAGAGUUGUUCAUCCUCGGCUUCACUGUCUUGACUGUCAUGUUCAUGCGCAAAAUCAAGGCGGGUGAAAGCACCAAGGCUGAUACGAGCAAGGCUAAAAAGCUGACCCACCUCAUCUACUUGGUUCUUGGUUUGAUAUCUUUCCGUAUCAUCUACCGAAUCAUUGAAUUCUCCUCUGGAUUCGGCUCGAAAAUCACUCGUCAGAUUGCCCAGCACGAGGCCUGGCAGUACUGCUUCGAUACGCUUCCCAUGUUCCUUGCAAUCGUUGCCUUCCACGUUUAUCAUCCUGGAAAGGUUUUCCAGGGUCCAGAUUCUCGGUUCCCCUCACGCAAGGAGAAGAAAGCCAUCAAAGCGCAGAAGAAGCUAGAGAAAGAGCAGCGCAAAGCCGGGGCCGCUGCUGGUGGCCUCAGUGAGUCGGAAUCAUUCGAAUUGGCCCAGCGUGUUUAG